GUCAGCAGAGGUGAAGAUAUCACUUUGCAGAGGAAUGAUGGAGGAGAACAUCUUUAAUUAUCAGAAAGAAGAAGAGCCUGUGGAACUUGAGUCUUUUCAGGGGGAGAAGAGGAAACUCAUACAACCAACAUCUUUAAAAGACCCCAAACUUGAAAAGCUGAAGGAGGCACUGGUUGAUUGGAUCAAUAAGACUUUGAAACCCGAGCACAUUGUUGUUCAGAGUCUGGAGGAGGAUGUGUAUGAUGGACUGGUACUUCAUCACCUGUUGUCCAGGUUGGCCGACGUGCAUUUGAAUGUGGAAGAGAUAGCGCUGACCAGCACAGCUCAGAUCCGCAAGCUGGAAAUAAUCAUGGAGGAGCUGGGCAAGAGACUGGGCACGCAGGACAGCAGUCAGAUCAAAUGGAACGUUAAACUCAUCCACAACAAGGACCUUCUGGCCACCCUUCAUCUGCUUGUUGCCAUGGUGAGAUGUUUCCAGCCUGAAUUGGAUUUGCCCUCUGAUGUGAAGAUUGAAGUUGUAGUCAUAGAGGUCAGCAAAAGUGGAAUCAAAUCAGAUGUGCAAGUGGAAAUCUUAACAGAGGGAAGCAGCGACACAGACUCCCUCAGCAAUACUGAAAGGGAAGAUCCCAUCGAGCAACUGCUGAAGCUUGAGGCUCACAAGGUCAACACAGUGAAAAAGGCCCUGGUACACUUUGUCAACCAGCAUAUAUCAUCUCUGGGUCUGCAGGUGAUAGAUAUGGACAAACAGUUUGCUGAUGGUGUGAUUCUGCUGCUGCUGAUUGGACAGUUGGAGGGUUUUUUCAUCCCGCUCUUUGACUUCAACCUGACCCCUGUCAGUGACUCUGAGAUGCUUCAUAAUGUCACCUUGGCCUUGGACCUCUUGAAGGAUACAGGCUUUCAGCUCUCCAAUGUUGACCCACAAGGUGAGACAAAUCCACUUUGUUCACACAUAACACACUCAGAACUUGUUCAUGACUGUUUUACUGAGAUUGAAAUGCCAGGCACAGAUGAUGAAGAAGAAAAAAGGCCUGCAGAUAAAAUGAUCGUUACCAUGAAAAAAUGAAAUCCUACAGCGCUCCAAGACACCAAUGUCAAACUAAUUCAGUGAUGAUGCCCUUUAUCAGGAGAAUUUAUCUGGAUGACGGAAAAAAUGCUAAAAUGUGUUUGUAUGUCAUGCAAGGAAGGGGAUUGCUGAAUUAAUGUGCUCUACACCGUGGAGUGAGAGUUUGAGAGUGUUUUGGAGAGGGAGAUGGAAUAGCGUGCUGAAUAUGAAUGAGCGCCGCUCGUGCCAUGAUGAGUAUCACUAUAGAUGAUUAGACACAGAGAUUGAUCCUUACUGUUACUGUUACUAGGCUAUAUCAAUGUGUGGGUGUUUAUCUGAAUGAAUUUGUGUUAUCUGUCUUACUGAAGACUGCUGCUAAUAUUUCACAUGGAAAAGAGACAGUUGAAGUGGUUUGGGUAUCCGAAGGGCCAACUAAUCAAGGUGGUUCAGGCAUAUCCUAUCAGGAGAAGGCCUCAGAGCGAAGCUAGGGCAAACCGAAGACAUUACAUCUCUUAGGUAGCAUGGGAACACCUUGGUGUCCCCCCAUCUGGAUGAGUUGGAGGAGGAGGAGGUUGGGGGAGACGGGAGCUCUGGGCUUCUCUGCUUAAACUGCAACCCAGACCCAGAUAAGCAGCAGAAAAUGGAUGGAUUAAUGGCAGCUUUAGUGAAUUUUACAGUGUGUAAUCAACUGUAUUCAAUAUUUACAAACAUAAUUUUUGUCAAUAUUAGAUCAAGAACCAGAUCAAGGUUUUGUAUGUUUAGGUUAGUUUUUUAUUAUAACAAAAUAUCAUGUUUGUGUGUUUGGGGGCUGUUUUUAAUGGUGUAGGCUUGCUGUUGUAAGCCCCAUCCACAUAAAAAGAAUUUGCCAAACGCCAAUUGCACUUACAGCCAAUCACUGUUUGCUUGUGAUGUUGUUGCAGGUAGCCCUCAUGGAUGUUAUGUUAUUUAGCAUGCAAGAUGCUGACUUUCUUUGACAUAUACUCAUGACCUCUAAUGGCCACAUGUACACAUGAAAAGGUUCAAAUUCUAGGAAGUCAUAAAGCUACAGCAUUCGUUUUUGUUUAUUUUCAAGUUUAAAGCAUACAUCUGUGGUGGGUUCAUGCGGUAUGACUACAUCGUAUGCCAUCAGCAACGCUCAUGUGUGUGUUUGGGUAAUUUCCUUCGGUCACAUAGACUACAUCAUUCCAUAAGGCGGAGAGUGAAAUCGAGCAGGUGACCGGCUGAGUUACUGACUCCUCUAAGUGUGGGAAUCAAUCAGUGGCAAGCAGAUUCACUCCACUUCCCUGCAGAUGCGCUAUUGACAGGAGGAACUUCCCUCUAAACUUGAAUCUUCCUCUCUUUAGAUCGCUAAAGCUGUCCCACCAUAUUGCCUCCCAGCCACAGAGCCUGUAAUUGUAAAAUAAAUCCUCGACACGAUAACUGUUAAUGUAAGGACUAGCACAAUUAAUCUGUGCCAGGAGCGAGUGGGUAAUUUAAUUCAUUUUUAGUGUCUUUUUAAUUAACGGCAUAAUUGCAGCCACUGAAUGAGGAAUCCCAGCUCUCAGGGCCUAAAAUGAGAGCAUGCUGCGUGAAUUAAUUAGGUUAGCCAAUGGUGAAGUCGAUCUUUCUGUCACAUUCAUUCAGUCAGAGCAUCUCACAACAGAGAGCAAUUUUGUAGGGAUCUUAUCUCACCAAGGACAUAUUGAUUAAGUUUCCAUCUAAUGUUUUUUUUGUCCUCCUGAUCUAUGACCUCUUAGGAUGGAUUGUGAGAGUAGCUAUUAGCUAAUGCUGGUAAAAAGUGUCCGCAUAUUCUUACCGCCUCAGUGGCUUAAGGAUGCUGCAUGUGGAUUAUGUCUCCUCUGAAUAUUGUGACAGAUAUUGUCUCUCUGGACACCACUGCAACCUUGAAAGUCCUCUACGCUCUUUUCAACAAGCACAAAGGGAAAUGAGAGAGGACAUCGUGUGAAGAGGAGCGGCGCAGCGGGAAAUACAGAAACGACCAAGUAGUGCGUUUAGCCAAUUACUAAAAGGUGAUUCUGCAGUUUUGAGAAGUUUGGCCGACGCUGUUUCCAGGCUGAAUUAAAGGAUUAAAGUUAUGUUCUGUAAAGUGAAGUGAAAUGAUGGUUGGAGGAUCUUUAGUUUGUGUAUUAUGAUGUAGACUAUGUGGCUUAAAUAUGUGGAUCACGACAGCCGAAAGAGGGUUUGAAUAAAAAUCAUUCAGAAUUACGCUUGAAUGACUCAAAAUCGAAAGCUCCACAAUCAUUAUAAUUUUACUUGUUGCAAGUUAAAUAACUUGUUGAAGCAGGAUUACAGCCUUACAAAUGUAUUUUUAAUGUCACUGUGUCUUUAAGAAAAAUAUCCUGUAUGUGAACAUUUUUAUCUCCAUAAAGCUUAAAGAGCGCUACCAAAAACUGGAGGAUUAGAGCUUCAGAUGCGAGUACUAAUACAGCAAAUUGCUUAAGCAAAUGAAAAUGAGAAAUAUUACGAUGUUGAUGUUUAUGCCUAAGCUGAUGCAAGUCAUUUGAUGCAAACAAAAUGUCAGUGACUGUCUUUUUAAAAUAAGAUCCAAAAUUGUAACGGUGCCAAUAAAAGUCAAACAAGCCAUCGACAGUCAAACAGGCUUUUAAUAAACCUCAGGUUCUCUUUUCCUGUGCCAAUGUGUAAAAAAUACGUAUAAAAGUGUGCCAACUCAAUAUGUCUUGACUACACUAUUGAUUUCUUUACAACUUGUUUCAUCAUCUGUGUGUGUUUUUGGUUGUUUUUAACUCUCAUAUUUUAGAAAAUAUAAGCUAUAAACAUAUUGUUGGUUACAAUGUAUUUAUAGCCUUCACUGUUAUAUAUUGCGUGCUGUAGCUGAAGCUGUAAGACCCAGUUUAUGAUAAUGUAUAAUAAUUACCAUUUCAACAAAGGAAGCUAAACCUCACACUUCUGUGAUUGCGUAUGAGCACAGCACUUUUAAAUAUAGCACCGUUAAAUCUGUCACCUGUUUACAUCAUACUGACAGUACAAGGAUCAAUAAAUAUUCAUUGACAGCAUAAAUCUACUGCAUAGAAGUUUUAUUUUGGCUCACUGGUCACAUUUGGUGUACUCUUGCCUAGCCCUUGUUUACCUCUUCUCUUCUUUUUUCAGUACAUUUCCGCUUCAGACUAACAGUGUUGGAAAAUGAGACUUUUCAUUCUUUGUACACCACACCCCUGGCUUUGGCUGUCAUUUCUCAAUAAACAAUGUGGAUUUCUCUCUGCUUCUUUAUGUGCUGCUCCUGACAGUCUGUGACCUCUUUCCCCCCCCAUCCUUUUAUCCACUGAAUUGUUCACAAUUCAAUGUCGUGCAAAUGUGAAGAGGGUGCAGCAUGCAGUGACAGAUAAAAGACGUGGUUAUUACAAAAACGCAUUUUUGUAAAUUAUGCGUCGAAUUAGAGCGAGCUGGAACUGCGAAAAUGCACUCAAUGAUCUCCUAUUUACAAAGAAGUAUCAUUUUUAAUUUCAAUUAAAUCAAAUGUAUUCAAACCAUUGGUGUUUUUUUCAUAGAGAAGUUUGUAUCUAACUGGUUCUAUGUUUAAAUAACACCUGCCGUUUCGUUAUGAGUUGUGGUUUUAGUUUGUCUAACGUGUCUGUAGUAUACAUAGUAGUAUACGUGUCUUUGUUUGUGUUUUGAGGUUAAAGUAUGAAAUAGCUGUGACACUGAGCAGUAACAACAAUCACGUUCACACAGCUCAUUCUCUCUGAUGUACUUGCAGAUCUCGUUGUUGACAUUUGGGAUGCCAGGUUGUUUUCAACAUAGUGAUGGAAAAUACUCCUAAUUCACGUUUUAUUUCCACUGACAUUUCGAAAAGCUCGCAUAAAAUUUGCUUGGCAGUCACACGCAAAUAUACGAGCUGCUGUAUAGCUACAGGCACCGGAGGCAGUGAUAGAAAGAGACACUGAGGAGUGAGUCGGUGUUGUUCAUCAUUUAUAGUGGACAGUUUAUGUAUUGUAUAUCUAUGAAUCCAAAUUGCUUAUCUUUUAUAAAUCAGUACAAACAGCCUCCUAAUUCUGAGUCACUGUAAAUUGAAUUUGUUUGUUAAAAAACAGACUGCGUAUUCAUUUACGAGAGGAAUAAACUUGGGGUUCAUUCAAUUUGUAUUGUUUUUUCUAAGUUUGUUCAUUUUAAUGAUUCCCAAGGCAAAUUUAUACAAACUGGGAAAGCCUUGCAAAUAUCUAAGUCCUGACUUGUCCACUAUUGUCGACUCACAUAUCGUAGAUAUCUGCAUCCUGCUGUGAAGUGGCAUUCAAUAUGACUUACAGCAAAGAUAAAAGAAACUCUUCGUCCUUGAUGCUUCAUUACUGUCUGCUUGGCAAUUUUAACCUGCAACACUUUCACAUCAUCCUCUGGGUGUAAUUUGUAACAAAUUAGUAUCUGGACGUUUAUUAAAAUAUAUGUUCAAGUUCACUAAGUGUUGUGUUGUUGUCAGUAGAAGGAAUCUGAAGCUCAGGGAUUUUCUAAUCAAGCGUAGUUAUAGUAAGUUGGAGCAUUGCAUCAGUAAAAACUACAAAACCAACACGUCUGUUAUUGUUUUGAUAAAUGGCUCCAACCUUGAAUCGAAUUUCCUGACUGAAAGGUGGUGAAUGGACUGUUUUUGCUUAUGUAAAUGUUCCCAAUAUGAGGCUUUAAAUGAUGUACAAUGAACCAUGGAAAUAUACACAAACUAAGAGCUUAAUGCUUAAUGAUUUAAUCAGUAUAAAGUAUAGAGUGUAUCCUAAGUAGCAAUAUAACAGAUAUGGCUCAGAUAUCAUUGUCAGCAUGCUCUCCUUAUGUGAAGAUAGACCCCCUGGUUUAUUCUGAUAUUAUAAGUAUAUAUAAUAUGAACUAUAAACACUAUUUUUAAGUAUUCCAUUUAGUGUCUUAUAUGAGGUUUUAGUUGCAUGAAUGCAACACAGUAUUAGGUAAGAAGGUAACAAUAAAGUACUUACAGUUCCUAGAAUAUUACAUGCACUGCACUAUUAUCAGUAGGAAUUUUAGUUGGAUGCAUCCAACUUGUCAUCCUGCCAUCCACAUAUGUUGGCUUGCUGAUAGGAUUGGGGUUGGUGGGCUUCCCCUGUUAGCAAAAUAACGAAUCAGCUCCUGGAUAUAUGGGGAAGAACAUUAACAUCACAAUUAGGAUGCUGUCUAAACUGUGGCAGUUUCCUGUUGUGUCAAGCUUAAAACCUUACAGCUCUCAUGGCUGCAAAUGGGGUGGCGGUGGUGGGUGGGGGGAUUAAUCAUUUGAUUUCAUUGUAUUGCACUAUAAAGAACAGCGCCCACUGGCAUAACAUUGUUAUUUCAGUACAUUGCUGCACUGCAUAAAUGAUUGACAAGUUUCUCAUUAUUUGAAGGUGCGUACCCAUUCUGAGUAGCACAAACUAAAUAGAUGCAUCCUGGUAUUGAUGAGUAUCAUUUUAUUUUUAGUUUUCAGUAACCCCUCUCCCCCAAAAAUGUUUGUUACAUUCACGUACUGCUUCAGAGUAGUUAGCAUUUUCUAACUGUGAAUCAUAGUGUUACAUACAGUAUUUACUUUAGCAUUUUCCUCCUCCCUUAAUCAUUUCUUCUCUCUUUCUUAGAUAAGCAG